AUGGGGUUUGAUUAUGAGCUAAUUUUCUAUUUAGAACUAUUUUUUGUAGCAGCUGGAUGUCGUUCCAAAUAUCUUGGAAUUUUAGGGCGUUUAAAGUUUGCUCGAAAACCAAUCUCCAUAAUUGAUCUUUGUGUUGUUAUUGCUAGUCUUUUUGUUAUUUCUGUUGGAAGCGAGGGAAAGGUAUUUGCUACAAGUGCCAUAAGAGGAGUACGCUUUUUACAAAUCCUUCGCAUGUUGCAUGUGGACAGACAAGGAGGAACAUGGAGAUUACUUGGAUCGGUUGUUUUCAUUCAUAGACAGGAAUUAAUUACGACUUUGUAUAUUGGCUUUCUUGGCCUAAUAUUUGCUUCAUAUUUUGUAUAUUUGGCUGAAAGGGAUACUCAACAAAUUGGACCUGAUGGUCGUCCAGCAUUUGGAAGUUAUGCUGAUGCUCUAUGGUGGGGAGUGAUCACGAUGACAACAAUUGGCUAUGGAGAUGUUGUUCCACAAACGUGGAUAGGUAGAAUUGUGGCCUCUUGUUUUGCUAUAUUUGCUAUUAGCUUCUUUGCUUUGCCAGCAGGAAUACUAGGAUCAGGAUUCGCUUUAAAAGUGCAACAAAAACAAAGGCAAAAACAUUUUAACCGGCAAAUUCCUGCUGCAGCAACGCUUAUCCAGUGCCUCUGGCGUUGUUAUGCUGCAGAUAAAUCUUCAAAAUCCAUUGCCACUUGGCAAAUACACGUAGACCCACUAGCAGCACAAAAACAACAAAGGCAGACAACAAGGAGGAGGAGUAAUGUCGUUAAUUGUCUAAACGGGGGAGGUGUAAAUUCUUUCCGUGGUCCUUCUGCUUCAACUUCAGGCAUUAGUCAACAAAGAGGAGUGCUCGCUACUAAAAAGCCUUAUUAUUCAAUGACACAGAUGUGGAGGGGAGGAAGAUCAGUCAUCAACAGAAGAAACGGCAGCUUUUAUCGAAGAAAACAAUCACAAAUAUAUCUACAACAAAAGUCAGAUUCAGGUCCUGAUAAACACGUAGAAGGUGAAGCAAAAAACACCCCUGAAAAUGAUUCUCCGUCUUCGCCAACAUUUAGAAUGCUUUGUGGCCCACGUAAGAAGCCAUCAUUGUUCUCCGAUUCUAAAUCGGAAGACAAUUGCUUUGAAGAACAAGAAGAACCCCACAUAAAUUCAUCUCUUCCAUUAAUGCGAAUUGGUCAUGUUUGUGAACUAACAGAAACACACAAAAACGCUAUACGUGCAAUUAGAAAGAUAAAAUAUUUUGUUGCAAGAAAAAAGUUUCAACAAGCGAGAAAGCCUUAUGAUGUUCGUGAUGUUUUAGAACAAUAUUCUCAAGGACAUUUAAACAUGAUGGUUAGAAUUAAAGAAUUGCAAAGAAGGUAGGAAAUUAGUUGACCCUCUCAAAUAAAGAGACUAUAUCCAAAAGAGCGACCUAUAGAGGGGCUACUAAAGAACGACCCUCUACAAAAACUACUCUAUAUCUUUUUAACAUCUUUAUUUAAGGAUGUUAAGGCUUUUAUUUGAAAGCUUUGAUUUGACCGAUCUGUAGAGAUUCUCCUCCUUACAUUUACCUCCCUUCCGUAUUCGCCGAAUUUUCGCUUUUUUGUUUUGUAGUCUCAAGUAGAGAUCGGACCGUACCGUACUACG